AAGGCCCACAAGGGAAGUGGGCUCAUUGAGAGUAGAGCCGAGCAGAGGGUAGGUAGGUUCUUGAAUAGCUAAUAUGCUCAUUUGCUUCCUGGAAUCUCUCAGAUUACAUUAUGUCCAGCUCACUAGAGUGAUGCCGAGAAAUAGCCAGAAAAUAAAAUCUGGAUCUAAAGAUGCAUGGUUCUAUAGUUGGCUUAGAAAGUAGAUGCCCUGCUAAACACUUCACUAGAAAUGGUGCUACGCCGUACCUUUGUCCUGUGGUUUCUUAUAGCUUUUAUGGUCUCAUCUAAUCAGGAUCUGAUUCUGUGGUGCCACUAAGCAGCUUUGUCAUCAGGGUGAGAAGACGCAGUCUUUUCUCUGCUACAAUGUUAAUGAAUAACGUUUACAACUGAAGGACAGCAAUAGCCACUGAUGCACUAGCCAGAGGUCUUGUAUAUUAUAUAUUGUUCCCUCAUUUGAAGAACGCCACUUGUUGGAAUAGUACUAAGAGCAGAUUGGCCACGCCUUACAGACAAUAAUAGAGAAGAUGGGGAAACCAUUACUUCUCCUUUUUGCUUUUUUAGCUUCUUCAUACUGUAAUUCUAUCCCUGUGAUUAACAUGGCUGUGGUAAAUGUGAGAGAAGAUCGUCCAGUAAGUGUACUUGCGUUUCAAAUUGAAGCAUUUGAUCCAGAUGGUGACCCUCUAACAUAUGGUAUCGCUGGAACAGACUCUAGUCAUUUUGACGUUGACAAAGAGACUGGUGAAGUCAGAAUCAAGAGUAUGCUGGACAGAGAGACAAAAGACCUCUUACUCAUAGAGGUUGUGGUGAAUGAUGGCGUUUAUGCAGAUGUGACAAAAUCAGUUUAUGUUGCUGUUUUAGAUGCUAAUGAUAAUGCACCAGUAUUCCAAAAUCUGCCCUACAAUGAAGAGGUUCCAGAGAAUGAACCUGUGGGCAGUACACUGUUCAGAGCAAACGCCAUAGAUUAUGAUUUUGGCACAGCUUCUAUUGUGUCCUACAAAAUUGAUGACGUGACACCAAAUGAUGGGGCUAGCCUGUUUUCAAUCUCUCCGACUACUGGAAUUGUUGUCCUGCGGGGACCUUUGAGCUUCACUGACAAAAGUCCUUUCUAUCAGAUACGAAUCAUUGCAUCUGAUGGUGGUGGGCCACUGAAUGAUCAAGAAAACGUGGUUCAAUCUUCAUCAGUAAUUGCAUUCAUUACAGUUAAGGAUAUGCCAAAUCUCGACCCACAAUUUCUGAAUUUACCUGACCUUGCUGCUGUUGAUGAGAAUUCACCUGUGGGUACAACAAUCUUUACUGUGAGAGCCAGAGAUCCAGACACUGGGAUCAAUGACCAGAUCCACUACAGUAUUGAAAGUGCUGAUGCACCAGACCUGUUCCAAAUCAAUGAUGAGACUGGUGAAAUAUCUAUCAAAACUGUAUUUGACCGUGAAGAAUUAUUGGAUAAAAAUGCUGUGGUAAUGUUACAAAUAAUGGGAAGUGAAACAAAUCUUAAUGUGGAUGGAGUUAUUGCAAGCACAAUAGCAGAACUACAGAUUUCUAUUGGAGAUGUGAAUGACAAUGGCCCUGAAUUUUAUGAGUGUGAAGGUGAAAUUGAAACCUGCACACAGAAAAACAGCUUCAUAGGCAAAGUUGAUGAGAAUUCAUCUGCAGGACUGUCAGUAAAUGAACUGAAUAUAAGAGUCAAAGAUCCAGACCAGGGGCUAAACAGCAGGUUUAAUCUCCGUCUUGAGGGACCUGAUAAGGAUGUGUUCGCUGUCAGUCCCAGCACUGGGGUGGGAGAAAGUUCUGUGCAAGUGAUAAUAAAAGAUUCAUCUGCUGUUGAUUAUGAGAAGAAGAAAGUAAUGUCUGUCCAGGUUUGUAUAUGAGGGUGUCUCUGGAGAUUUACCGCAUAAGAUAGCCGAGGCCCAGUAGUUUGGCCAGUGCCAGAAUUACUGUAUCCUAGCUUAGAGAAAAGGACCUUGCCUACUUUUAGAGUGAUUACAGAUACUGAAGAACAUGCCAGUCACAAACACAGGGGAGAGUGGUCUUUACUGCAUUGGGUUAAUAACACCAAACUAGAAACCAGGAAAGAUUUUAUUAUUUUAAUAUUUUUCUAUUAUUUGUACAUUAUUUUAAACU